GUAAUGACUAAAUAUUUUCUAUCUAGUGGUAAAUAGGCGUACUCAAUAAACAAAACAUUCGAGAUAUACAAUAGAAUGUUUUGUUUUUGAACUGGGAAGUAUUAAAUACGCAAAAUAAGGCUAGAUAAUACGAAAAAAUGUCUCAUAUAAUAUUUAGAAGUCUUAACAUGUCUAAGAUAUUGACAACCUGCUCAACAAGAAAAUAUCCUGUUCUGAGGCAAGGUUUCGAUAUUUUGAAAAGAUCUAUGUUUAUUCAGACACAAGAUACUCCAAACCCGGACAGCUUAAAAUUUUUGCCUGGCGUUGAAGUUUUAGGGAAGGGUAGCACGAUGGAUUUUCCCACCGGUCAAAGCGCCUUUUGCAGUCCAUUAGCAAAAUUGCUUUUUCGUGUUGAGGGAGUAAAGGGUGUUUUCUUUGGUUCAGAUUUCAUAACAAUAUCGAAAAUGGAAGAUGCUGAAUGGAGUAUUAUAAAACCAGAGUUGUUUGCUGUUAUAAUGGAUUUUUUUUCAAGUGGCUUACCAAUUUUAAAUGAUGCAAAACCAAACUCAGAUACUCAAAUAAAUGAGGAUGAUGAUGAAACUGUUAUGAUGAUAAAAGAGCUUUUGGAUACGCGAAUCAGACCUACAGUACAAGAGGAUGGUGGAGAUGUGAUUUUUAUGGGGUUUGUUGACGGUGUUGUGCAAUUAAAAAUGCAAGGCUCUUGUUCUUCUUGUCCUAGUUCAAUAGUUACGUUAAAAAAUGGUGUACAAAAUAUGUUACAAUUUUAUAUACCAGAAGUAAAAUCUGUGGAGCAAGUUUAUGACGAAGCAGAUAGAAAAGCUCUUGCCGAGUUUGACAAAUUAGAAAGAGGAAUAAAACUAAAAGAAAAAAGCGACAAAUAAAUUCAUUAAAAUUUGUACAUGUUAUUUGAAAGAGUGUAAAUACCACAUUUUUAAAAUAUUCGUGUACAUUAGUUGAUAGGUACAUUGUAUUUUGUAGAUCAUAUGAACUUUGCGCCAUAUCAUCGGCAAAUAAUGGUUUUUCAAAAAGAGUGAAAAACAACAAAAUUGAAAUGGAUUAAAUAAAUUGAUUUUGGUCUUGUGAUAAAAA